ACACUUAGCCUAUAGCAGGGUCUGGGCGCACGGCUCCGAGCACCCUAAAACAUCUCUUCAAAUUGUCGGAUCUGUUGUGUUGAAGGAGUUAUACGACAGUGGACGAAAUCUUUCACCAUUUAGAUACACGUUUCGAAUACAUACGGUGUUCUCACUGUUCGCAUGAAACAAUGGAGUCUCUUUUGACCACUAAGAUGUGGACAAGGUACGUUCCAGUCUUUCUUCUUCUCUGUGCAGCAAUCAACGUCGCGUCCGCUGUAACGCAUUAUUCUAUUCCCGAGGAGAUGGAUGUAGGAUCCAUUGUUGCAAACCUAGCAGCUGAUUUGGGACUGAAUGUUCGAAGCCUGACGGAGCGUAAAAUGCGGUUAGAUGUACUCGCUAGCAAGAAAUAUCUAGACAUAAAUAAGGAGACAGGAGAUCUAUACAUCGUUGACAGAAUUGACAGGGAAUACUUGUGUCCCUCUAAAAUGACAAUAUCUUGUUUUCUGAAGUUGGAUGCAGCGAUUGAAAAUCCAAUCAGAAUGUUUAACAUUGAAAUUGAAAUAACAGAUAUCAAUGAUAACGCACCGCAUUUCCGAAGAGAUACGAUGCAUUUGGAUGUAUCUGAAUCCACUCUGACUGGAGAGCGCUUCUCUUUAAACAAUGCUGUUGAUCCUGACAUAGGUACUAAUUCUAUUAAGACAUACUAUCUUAGUGAAAGUGAGCAUUUUACAAUUGAGAUACAAACUGGGCGUGAUGGAUCGAAAUUUACUGAUUUGGUGCUUAAAAAAUCUUUAGACCGAGAGAAGCAGUCUGUACACAGUCUUACACUCACUGCUGUUGAUGGCGGAAUUCCUGCGCGCACCGGCACUGCCAGCAUUAUUGUUCGUGUGCUAGAUACAAACGACAACGCCCCUCAGUUUGAAGAGGAGAAAUAUACCAUAGACCUAAGCGAAAACUCCCCACUUGGUAGCCUUGUUGUUAAAUUAAGCGCAACUGAUUUGGAUGAAGGAACUAACGCAGAUAUCGAAUUCUCAUUCAGUCUCUAUACAUCUGAGAAAACACAAAAUACGUUUAGUUUAAAUCCCAGUAAUGGCGAGAUCAGAGUAAAAGAAACCAUAAAUUAUGAAGACUUUAGAAUUUAUGACAUGGAAAUUAUAGCGAAGGAUAAAGGGGUUAAUCCGCUCUCUGGGCAGUGUAAAGUAACCAUAUUAAUAACCGACAUGAAUGACAAUCACCCUGAAAUCUCUAUCAAAUCUUUUCAAAGUCCAAUUAAAGAAGACAUAGCUGUAUAUACAGUAAUUGCAGUCAUAAGUGUAAGCGAUAAAGAUUCGGGUGAAAACGGUAUAGUUGAUAUUAGUAUACCAGCUAAAAUGCCAUUUGCUUUAAGAGAAUCUUCUGAUAACUAUUAUGAACUCGUAGUGUCUGAGUCUCUUGAUCGCGAAAAAGUUCCAGAAUAUGAUAUCACCUUUACAGUGACAGAUAGGGGCUCCCCUCCAUUAUCUGACAAUGAAACAAUGACGUUAGAGCUACUAGACGUUAACGACAACGUACCACAAUUUCCACAAACUUUUUACACUAUUCCAGUUAUGGAAAACAACGCGCCUGGUGCGCUGUUGAGCUCGCUAACAGCUUUAGAUCCAGACCUCCAUGAAAACCAGUAUCUAGUGUAUUUCAUAAUAGAGAAAGAAAUAGCAAAUACCUCAAUGUCAAUGUUAUUCUCAAUCAACCCAGAAAAUGGCAACCUUUACGCACUGAAAACGUUUGAUUACGAAAUAGAAAAGGAAUUCCUUUUUCACAUUGAGGCAAGGGAUUCUGGCGUCCCUCCGCUAAGCAGUAAUGUCACCGUUCACAUCAUUAUUAUGGACCAGAAUGACAAUACUCCAGCCAUUGUUUCUCCGUGGCGUGCGCAUGGUGUAGUGGUCGAGGACAAGAUCCCGAGAUCCACUGACAAAGGAUCUCUAGUGGCUAAAGUAAUCGCGAUUGAUACGGAUUCAGUACACAACUCUCGGAUAACAUACCAGUUUCUUGUGAAUACUGAUGCUACUCUGUUUAGUCUGGACCAGUACAAUGGAGAGAUCCGGACUAUGAGGAUGUUCAGUUACAGGGAUGCGCGUCAUCAGCGUCUUGUUGUCAUUGCAAAAGACAAUGGAGAGCCCUCUCUCUCUGCGACAGUAACCAUCAAACUGUCAACGGUGGAAACUGCUUUGAAAUCCUACUCUGACACGACUGAAGUUCCUUUAGAAUAUGACAUAUUUUCAGACUUAAACCUGUAUCUGGUGAUAGGACUUGGUUCUGUAUCAUUCUUGUUACUGAUCACCAUACUGGUCACCAUCGUGCUGAAGUGUCAAAAGCCGAGUAAAGCAGCACCUCCUUCUAGGAAUAGUGUGAUCAGUUCAGAGAGGAACUCUACCUUCGCGGAUUCUACACUGGUCUCAAACGAUGCCUACUGGUACAGUAUGUUCUUAGCGGAGACGCGUAAAGGAAAGCUUGUAGUAAGACAGCCGGCGCCAAAGGGGGCGAGGUACGUCGUGUCCAGCUUACCAAGAGGCACUGGGAUCACCGAUACAAGCGAUUCGGCUGCUUCUACUCUUCAGGUAAGAGAAAGUUUAGACAUUGCAUAUUAACCUGACACAAUUACU